GAGAGAGCGAGCGCAAACCUGCGUACUCUUUUUGAGCCGAAUAUGAGAGACGGGUCAUCAAACUCGGAUUACAGCUGCGACUUACGAGUACUAUUUUAAGGCGAGAGAGAGAGAGAGAGAGAGAGAGAGAGAGAGAGAGAGAGAGAGAGAGAUGGUAGUUGUUCCCUUUGCUCUGUCAUAUGUUGGUUGGGUUCAUUGCUAUUUUCUCAGAGAAUGGGGAGAAAGAAAAAAGAAGUCAUCAGAUUGGAGCCAGAAUCCGUUAUCCCAAUUCUUAAACACAAGCUUAUCAUGGCUUUGGCCACUUCCAUCGUAAUGGAGUGGUUGAUUAUGGUUAUCCUUUUACCCACUGAAGGAGGGGAAGUUAGCUCAAGAUGAGUACCAACAUCCAUUGCUUGACAUUUUGCAUGCUUUGCAGAAGAUAAAUCAGACCGGGAUGAAUUUUUGAAGCUUUGCAAGAGAAUCGAGUACACAAUUCGAGCUUGGUAUCUACUGCAAUUUGAAGAUUUGAUGCACUUGUACUCUCUCUUUGACCCUAUCCAUGGGGCAGAGAAAUUGGAGCAGCAGAACUAUACUCCUGAGGAAAUUGAUAUUCUUGAACAAAACUUCCUUACAUACAUAUUCCAGAUAAUGGACAAGAGCAAUUUCAAGAUGACAACUGACGAAGAAAUUAAUCUUGCAGCUUCUGCCCAAUAUUUGCUUACUCUUCCUAUCAAAGUUGAUGAAUCUAAGAUUGACAAAAAGCUUUUGCAGAAGUAUUUUAUGAAGCAUCCUCAUGAAAAUCUUCCAGCCUUUGCUGACAAGUACAUAAUCUUCAGAAGGGGCUUUGGGCUUCAUCAUACAACUGGCUACUUUUUCAAACAUAAAAUAAAUACAAUCCUUGCACGUUUAUGGAGAUGCUUUUUGAGGAUGACAGGGCUCAAACGUCUUUUAUAUAGAAAGUCGUAUGCACGAUUUGGUAAAGAUACACAGGGACCCGAUGAAAUUAUCACUGACACAGAGCAAGAUGACCUAUUUGUUGAACGUAUCCGUAUAGAAAACAUGAAACUCAGUAUCAGUAAAUUGGUGAGCAAGAUCACUAUCCAAGAACCAACGUUUGAAAGAAUCAUUGUUGUUUACAGGCGGGCCAAAUCAAAAAAAGAAUCGGAUAGGGGAAUUUAUGUGAGGCAUUUCAAAAAGAUUCCAAUGGCUGAUAUGGACAUAGUUCUUCCUGAAAAGAAAAAUCCGAGUUUAACUCCAAUGGAUUGGGUGAAGUUCCUUGUCUCUGCCAUCAUUGGUCUGGUCACUGUCGUCGGCUCACUUAAUAAGUCUAAACCUAAUAUAAAAGUUCUUGCUCCAAUCCUCUCUGCUGUAAUUGGCUUUUGUGCAAAGACAUACUUCUCGUUUCAGCAAAACUUUACUGCGUAUCAGAACUUGAUCACGCGAUCCAUGUAUGAAAGCCAGCUCGAUAGUGGAAGAGGCACUCUUCUUCACUUGUGUGAUGAAGUGAUUCAACAGGAAGUAAAAGAGGUCAUCAUUUCAUUCUUUAUAUUGAUGGAACAGGGUAAAGCGACUAGGCAGGAUCUUGACAAGCGGUGCGAGGAGCUAAUUAAACAGGAAUUUGGUGUGACAUGUAAUUUUGACGUGGACGAUGCAGUUCAAAAGUUGGAGAAAUUAGGCAUUGUUACACAGGAUGCUAAUGGAAGGUAUGAUUGCAGUGAUUUGAAGAGCGCUAAUGACAUCAUCGGAACCACCACAGAGGAGAUUGUCCUCAAAGCUAGACAGGGUGCUGCUACUCCUAGACAUGGCAUGCAAACCUCGGACUGCUUCAUGUAAUGGAGUAGUACCGAUUAGAGAAUCUAACUCCCGAGUUCUUCCUUGAACCAGACCGACACCUUACACGGGGAUUUUGUUCACAUCCCCGAGAGGAGAAAAAGGGUAGGGGUAAGAAACCCAAUUCGUUUUUUCUCAACUAAUAGGAAAUUUUACACAAGUUAGAUCACGAAGAUACCUCCGGAUCACCAGAAUAGAUUUUUUUGGAUUCUUACUCUAUUUUUAUCAGCGUAAUGCUUAAACCCUAGAGAUUUUAUUUGUUUCUCAA